AAUAGACAAAUUCCUCAUAUCUCACGCGAUCUAGCCCUGGACUACCCAAACAAAGAUUGGCAAUAUAGCGUGGUCAGACCACAAAUACCCAAACUGCUACGACCAUGGCGAUGGCACCUCAGCCCAUGGAUAUUACGGGACCAAGGCACCAUCCAAACACUGACAGCCAACAUCUGCGACUACUUUGACACCAACUCCACCGAAGACGUUGCCCCAGCAAUGGUCUGGACCGCCCACAAAGCAGCAAUCAGAGGCAAUCUAAUAGCCACAGCCACAAACCGCAAACAACAUCACCUACAAAACCUAACAGCAGUGCUAGCGGAACUGGCCAGGCUGGAG